AGUGUUGAUGACCUCACGCGGCUGUCCGUGUUUUAAAGCUAGCUAGAGGCUCUGAACCUGGAGCUAACGUUACCAUCUGCUGUCUAUUUAGUUUGUUUAGUUUAAAUAAUGAGUAAAAAAGGUAACGUGUCGUGGGUGAAGCCGAAUGAGCCGUCGUUUCUGCGGAAAUUCAAGAAUGACGUUGGUUAUAAAGAGGGUCCGACCGUAGAAACGAAGAAACAACAGAUGCCAACAUUUGAUGAUGACAGCGGUGAUAGUGACAAGGAGGAUGAAAUGCCCCAAGUCGUGGUCUUGAAGAAGGGUGACCUAAGUGCAGACGAGGUCCUGCAAAUCAAAAAAGACAAAGACUCUAAGAAAGAUGAUCAACCUCCUCCUGAUGGGAAGAUUAUAUUUAAGAAACCUGAAAAACGCUCAUCUGACAAGUUUGAAGGCAUUACUGCCAGCUCUAGCAAAAAGAAGAAGAAGAGUGAAGAUGGGGAAAAGGAGAAAGAGAGCAAAUCUGGGGUGAAAGUAAAGAACAGCAGCCUGCUGUCCUUUGGUGACGAUGAAGAAGAAGACUGACCUUUUCUGUCUUACAUCCUGUAACUGACCCGGGUUUGGACAGUUUCUUCAGUGUUCCAAUAUUAAAACAUCAUAUGACAAAGUAUUUACAGAUAUUUUCAAUUAAAUUUGUUAGCUUGUGGUGCUUUUAGGAACCUUUUUUUUUUUGAGGAUUUUUAAAAUCAAAACUUCAUCAUGGAGGAUUCUGAAAACCACUUGAAAGCUGCCUGUGAGAUUUUCCCUUUUUUUUUAGCAUAUUCAUAAUUGUGUACAUUUUAUCACCAUUUAACACUGAAGAGACUAAUGUAAAUUGUGAAUCAGUUUGGCUGGAGAAUAAAAAGGAUGUUUAGUGAGAUCAAUGUAGUAAGGAGAGGAUUGUGAACUGCAUUAGAGAAGUUGUAGACAAUUAUUCUGCCAAAAGCAGAUGUACUACUUACAUGUAUAGCUUCUAUAAAGGAGCUGUAUUUACAUUUUUAAUGUAUGCUUUAUUUUGGUCUCGAAAUCUUAGAGACUGUUGUACAAUGGUUGGUUGUUUCCUUUUUGUUGUUUUUUUACAAAAAUAGAAUAAAAAUGGGGAGAGAAAAAAGGGAAA